AAAUACUCCUACACACCCCUUCUACUUUCACUUACAUUUUCCUCUCACUUUCUUUUUGUCAUUAAACUUGUUUAAUUUUCUCUUUCGUAAGCAAUGGCAUUCACCAAAAAUACACUUAUCUUGGCAUUUCUCUGCCUCAUCCUUAUACAAGAGUUGGAGAUCUUUAGUGGAAAUGAAUACAUGGUUUCUGCUUCACACAUAGAUUGCAAUGGUAAGUGCAAUUACAGGUGCAGCAAGACAUCAAGGAAAAAGAUAUGUUUGAGAGCAUGUACUAGUUGUUGUCAAAGAUGUAACUGUGUCCCACCAGGCACAUCUGGGAACACACAUUUGUGUCCUUGCUAUGCCUCCAUCACCACACAUGGAGGAAAGCUCAAGUGUCCAUAAAUUAAUCAUCACUAUAUUUCUAUGUAAUAUAUAUAUGCUGUAUGUAGAAAAUAAGGCAUUUUUAAAGGAGCACAGAGCUAAUUAGGGCCUAUAAUUAGCUAGCUACUAAGGAAUGUGAAUAUUUAUUUAAAUAAGUAUGAUUUGAUGUUGUAAUAGUAAUAUAUUUAUGCUUAU